GGCGGCUGAAACACGCCCCAGCAGGCGGCUGCUCCUCUCUGGAUCCGUGCAGAACUUCCCCCUCCACCACCGUGUCUUGAGCCACGCCACCACCACAAGAACCACCAACCUCUUGACCCAUUUCCUAGUCUCACCCAUUGUGCUCAUUUCGUAAGAGGAAAGUAGAGCCUUAGUUCGGUGAUUUUGUGACUUUUGAUCGUGCUGUAACGCUACAGAGAAAAAAGCGUCACCAAAUACUGAGGAAUUGGAGAUGGAGAAAGAUGGGAAUACUGAGGAGACGAAAAAGAAGAAACUUGGUAGUGAUAUUGGAAUAAUGAGUGAUCAGUCAUUCUUUUCUCUUCCUAUUUCUGAGCCUACUAAUAAUGCUAUUAAGGAUAUUGGGUUUUCCAAUAUGACUCAGAUUCAAGCCAGAACUAUAUCUCCUCUCCUGGAAGGUAAAGAUGUGCUUGGAGCUGCGCGGACUGGUUCUGGUAAGACCCUCGCGUUUCUAGUUCCAGCUGUCGAGUUGCUGUAUCAGGUUCGCUUCACUCCUCGUAAUGGAGUGGGUGUUAUCAUUAUUUGCCCAACGAGGGAGCUUGCUAUACAGACCCAUACAGUUGCCGAACACCUUCUCAAGCAUCAUUCCCAAACCCUUGGCUUGGUAAUGGGUGGUGCAAACCGCAGGGGAGAAGCAGAACGUCUCGCCAAAGGUGUCAAUCUUUUAGUAGCCACUCCUGGACGGCUUCUUGACCAUCUUCAAAAUACUAAGAGAUUUGUGUACAAGAACUUAAAGUGCCUGAUAAUUGAUGAAGCUGAUAGGAUUUUGGAGGCAAAUUUUGAAGAAGAAAUGCGGCAGAUUAUAAAGAUUCUCCCAAAGGAGAGACAAACAGCUCUUUUUUCAGCCACACAGACAAAGAAGGUGGAAGAUCUUGCACGCUUGUCAUUUCAAUCUACACCUAUCUACGUUGAUGUGGAUGAGGGUAGGAGAAAGGUUACCAAUGAAGGACUGCAGCAGGGCUAUUGUGUUAUUCCUAGUGCAAAGAGGUUUUUGCUUCUUUAUUCUUUCCUGAAAAGAAAUCUGUCGAAAAAGGUUAUGGUUUUCUUUUCUUCCUGUAACUCAGUAAAGUUCCAUUCAGAACUUCUGAGAUACAUUCAGAUAGACUGCUUUGAUAUCUAUGGGAAGCAAAAGCAGGCUAAGAGGACUACUACAUUUUUUGAAUUUAUUGAAGCCAAAAAAGGAAUACUUUUAUGCACUGAUGUUGCUGCUCGUGGUCUUGAUAUUCCUGCUGUGGAUUGGAUUGUCCAGUAUGAUCCUCCUGAUGAUCCAAAGGAAUAUAUCCAUAGGGUUGGGCGAACAGCUCGUGGUGAAGGUGCCAAGGGAAAUGCUCUGCUCUUUCUAAUUCCUGAAGAGUUGCGGUUUCUUGCUUAUUUAAAGAGUGAGAAGGUUCCUGUGAAAGAAUAUGAGUUUGAUGAAAGGAAACUAGCAAAUGUGCAGUCUCAUCUGGAGAAAUUGGUAGCAAAUAAUUACUACUUGAACAAGUCAGCUAAAGAAGCUUAUAGGGCUUAUAUAUUGGCAUAUAACUCGCAUUCCAUGAAGGAUGUGUUCAAUGCUCAUCAACUUGAUCUGCAGGCAGUGGCUGCUUCGUUUUGCUUUUCUUGCCCUCCAAACGUAGACCUGAAACUCGAUAGCAGUGCCUCGAAGUUCAGGAAGAAGAUGCGUAAAGUAGAAGGCAGGUUCAAUGAGAGCAACCCAUAUGGGAGGCAAAGUAAAGAUGAUACUAGGCAAUUUGUUAGGUAUUAAAAAUUUUUGUUCGUCUUAGUAACUUUUUUGAGGUUUUCUCAGCUAAUUGCUUUGAAGAUGUGUCAUACCAGCAUUUUUGUGUCUUCUAAGUAAGAUCUUGAACAACAAUUUUUUUCAAAAGGAAAGAUAAAGUUUAUUGAUUGACUGAA